AAUUGCCUUAAAUGCAAUAGCAUAGCAUUCCUUUAGUGAAUUUGAACCAGGUGAAGUUAAAACUGCUGCUCAAGGAGUUUUGGUUUACAGACAAAUAUGUUUUUAAUCUUAAAUACAAAAUGUUUAUAUUUUUUGAACAGUUUUGGCUUAACUGCUGCUCUCAAUAUGUUGCCAUGUUGUUGCACGGCCCUUUUUGGACUCUUUAUUGACCCUUUGCAACUACGUCACUUAAUCAUUAGAGGCGCCAUGACGGAGAUAGAAAGUGAGGGACGAGAGAAUUGAACAGGGCAACUGAAAAUGUUUCCAAAGUUAUUUUUUGCCAGUUUAUUUAUGGCUUCUACUUGUUUGAGUCCAACUAAUUGAUCUGUGAACGUAACACACCUGGUUGGGUUCAUAGACGGCGGUAUUUACAGACGGUGGAAAUAGCUAGUUUAGAAACCCGCCUGUACCUCCUGAUCAAAUUACCGACUUUGACUGGAUUCAAAGCAAAUGGCCUUUUUCUGAGUCAGUUAACGAUUAAUCGAUUACACAUAAAUCAUGUAGUGAAUUCACACCACAUGAUUUAUGUCACCAUGUCAUAAACGCCAUUUCCCUUUACACCGGAGCAGAAUUAAAAUCGUACAAAAGAGGAGAUGCUAACCACUUUUUUUCAUGCAUACUAGGCUACGGUGUGGCAUUGUCUCCAUGGUUACCAAUCAUUGGACACACCUUCUCCAUAAUGCGAUAUUUAAUAUCUUUCUAAUCAUACUUACUUAUAAAGUAUAUGAAUGUUCAUCUUCAAACCUUGUAAAACAUGUUCGCUGCAAAUCCGCCAUUCCACCGACGGGUCAUUAUGAUUGACGGCUGAUAUCUAUCACCACGGACCGUUCCUCAUUAAAAGUUGUAAAAUAAAUUGACAAGUUUGGUUUGCAUCCUUGUCAGUCUGUGCAGCCGACCGCGCAGCACCUGUGACCAUUUUUAAAGUGAAAUCAACUAAAUAAAAGAGAUAUUAGGUUACAGAUGUCUGUUUUUGACAGCAGCGCACUGGUUGUUUUGACGUCCAUUAUGGCGGAGUGGGCGGCGUUCUGAAGACCGUGACGUCACGUGCAAAGGAGUCAACGCUCCAGUUAAAAAUGAAUUGAUUACUAAAUUAGCUGACAAUUAUUUCAAUAAUCAAUUAAUUGUAAUUUAGCAGCUUAAUCGUGAUUAAUCUGAUUAAUUGUUUCAGCUCUAGUCUUUGACAUUCCUUCAGUUCUUUUUUCUGUUCUUUUUCUAUUUUUGUAACAUGACAUCUUGGGCUCUUCACAUAAAGAUCUGACAAAAAUCCAACAAACAACAAAGACACGUUUCCUCCCGCCCCCAAAGAAAUUCAUUUUGAUCUAAUGCUGAUGCCAAAAGCUUCUCUUCACCCCACAUGCUGGGUGUUUCUCUCACGGCUGGGCCAGCUUACUGGCUGGACGGGGCGCGGAGGGUGAGCUGGUGGGGGGAGUUGGGUUACAUUCCUUCCAUUGGGGCUGUCUGUCUGCCAACCAGGUCACUCCCAGUUCAGUCCCGGGAAAAUGGGAGGGAAGAAUUUCCUCUGUGUCCAUACUGGGCCCAGCCGGAGCCACUCAAAGGCAGAGGCCUGUGUGCACCGGGGCACGUGUGCAUGCACAACCCCUGAAACUGAGCCCCCAGGAUAAUAUGACUUGCAUGUUAUUUCCUUACACUAACAGGCGUUGGGUUCUGUUCAGUGUUAAUGUGUGUACACAUGCUCACUGAGUCACAUUUUUCAUAUUUUACCAGUUUCUGCAUCGCAGGUUAGGGUAAUAUGACAGGAAGUAGAUCAGUGAGACACAUCUGAUGCUAAAUUGUCAUGACGUCUGAACAUGUGUCACUGCAUGUUUACUCCUCUUUCCUGUUUACUGUAAUUUUUUUUAUAUAGUAUCAGACGGUCUUAUUAAAAAUCUCAAUUCCAAUGAAGUUGGAACGUUGUGUAAAACAUAAAUAGAAACAGAAAACAAUCAUUUACAAUACAAGCUUUUUCAACCAAUAUUCAAUUGAAUGUUUAAACAAAGAACUUAAAUGUAGUUUUACAAAUAUUCACUCAUUUAGAAACUCAUGCGGCGCAUCCCAGAAAAGUUGGGACACAAGCAGCAAAAUCCAGAUAAGUGAACAUUUGCACAAAACCCCAAUGAAGUUAAUCAUUUUGAGUAUUAAAUAUCUUGUCAUUGUAGGGAAUUCAAUUGAAUAUAAGUGGAAAAACAUUAGCCAAUGAUCAUAAUCUGUUUUUAUUUAUGUUUUACACAAUGAUUCAACUUUAUUGGAAUUGGGGUUGUAUAUUCACACGCUACACGUUUUGGAUUUUAAUGUGUAAAGACGGAAAGCAUUGAUGAUUUUCUUCCUUUAUGUAUAAUUCAAACCUUCAAAAGUUUGAUUUAUUUGUGCUUUUUGCAGCUUUAAUUCCCACAGAAGUCUAAACAGAACCAUAGUUGUGCCGUUUUCUUGGGCUUUUUGUUGUCUGAGGGGUUUGGGGGAUUGUGGUCGAGUCAUUGUCUGGGACAGGAAACAUGUGAGCAGAAUAUAAGACGCGUAGCGAGCUUGGCAGCAGCGUGCACACAAUUACUCACAGUCCGGGCAGGACGGGGCUCUUUGACGACACACACACUGGAAUUGGCCCUCACAGGCUGUCACAAGGAAUCAAAUUAGAUGUUCUCCCGCAAAGAACCAGAAAACAAGGCAGGGACUUUCUCAAGACGUUUGUUCAGUCUCAAGGGUCAUUUGUCGUUUCAACCAGAGAAUUAAUAUGUAACAGGCGUUCCUGCGGGCUCGCUACCUCAAUAGGUCAUUCAGUCGCUGAGUAUUGUCUGUUUCACUUCCCUGGCGAGGAUUCUGGUCGGAGGGAGAGCUGCAAUCUGCUGUCUGACACGUUUCCUGUCUACGUUUCGAGCCUGAUUUCUGCUCAAAUGAUGCUGGUUUCCAGUUCCUAUUGGCUUCCAGAGACCGAGUGAAGGAAGCGAGAUGGGCGUGACGCAGGACUUUAAUUUUGACUGAGCGUCUCUGCUGGGAUGCAGAGCUGCAGCGAUGGCCCACAUAAAGGCUGCAGGUGCAACACCACGGAGCCACCAAGACUUUGCAGAACUUUACUCUGACAUGGCUACAGUGAGCUCGAGCGCAGCAGAUAUAGGUGAGCCCGGGAGGAAAGCAGCGACGUCAGAGACCUCCAUGGCCGCCGCCAUCAGCAGGGGGGGCAAAGCCUACCCGUCUCCUGCCAGGAGGCGCCACCGCACCACCUUCAGCCACAAGCAGCUGGAACAGCUGGAGCUGGCUUUUCAGCAGAACCAGUACCCGGAUAUCUACUGCAGGGAGGAGCUGGCGCGCGUCACCAAACUCAACGAGGCUCGCGUACAGGUGUGGUUCCAGAACAGAAGAGCCAAACAGCGCAAACAUGAGCGGGCUUCCCAGAAAGUCUUUCCGGUGGGUGUGAUGACGGGCCACAGGACGCUGAUGGCCGGCAUGCCUCGACAGUACUACCCACAGCCGUUGGCCCACAUCCCCCACCUGUCCUCCAUGCUGCCGCCCGGGCCGUACUCCCGCCACCAAACCCAAGUCAGCCGCUGUCCGUGUCCCGGCAGCCCGCCACAGCCAGCGCCUCAGCGGCAGCACGAUGACUGGUACGGCUCGCUGAGAACCAACCUCCCGUCACCCAUGUUCCCCCUGGGCUCCAUGCAGCCUCUGGACACGGCCUCCCCCUGGAGCUAGAAAGGGAAGGGGAGAUCUACGGAGCUACAUUGGGGCCAUAAAGAUUGUUAAAAAAAAAAAAAA